CCCGGCCUCAGCGCCAUGGUUUGCCGCCUAUCCCGGGCCGAUGUGGGAGCCACCCGGAGUCCAGGCGUGUGCAGCGGCGCUCGCGGGCGCUCUCCUCCUGGUGCUUUCCGUGCUGGUGGUCCGCCAGCUCCUGAGGCAGCGGCGACCGGCGGGCUUCCCCCCGGGGCCACCGCGGCUGCCAUUCAUUGGCAACAUCGGCUCCCUGGCCAUGUCUGCCGAGCUCCCCCACGUCUACAUGAGGAGGCAGAGCCGGGUAUAUGGCGAGAUUUUCAGUUUAGAUCUUGGAGGCAUAUCAACUGUGGUUCUAAAUGGCUAUGAUGUAGUAAAAGAAUGCCUUGUUCAUCAAAGUGAAAUUUUUGCAGAUAGACCAUGCUUUCCUUUGUUCAUGAAGAUGACAAAAAUGGGAGGCUUACUCAAUUCCAGAUAUGGCCGAGGAUGGAUUGAUCACAGAAGAUUGGCUGUUAACAGUUUUCACUAUUUUGGAUGUGGCCAAAAAUCUUUUGAAUCUAAAAUCUUAGAAGAAACCCAGUUUCUAAUUGAUGCUAUUAAAACAUACAAAGGUAAACCUUUUGACCUCAAGCAACUAAUAACAAGUGCUGUUUCAAACAUAACUAAUCUUAUCCUUUUUGGAGAACGAUUUACUUAUGAAGACACUGAUUUUCAGCACAUGAUUGAGUUAUUUAGUGAGAAUGUGGAACUAGCUGCCAGUGCUCCUGUCUUCCUGUAUAAUGCAUUUCCAUGGAUUGGCAUAUUACCUUUCGGAAAACACCAAAAGCUAUUCAGAAAUGCAGAUGUGGUCUACGAUUUCCUCGAAGGACUUAUUGAAAAAGCUGCAGUUAACAGAAAGCCUCAUUUACCUCAGCAUUUUGUUGAUGCCUAUUUAGAUGAGAUGGAUCAAAGUGAAAAUGAUCUUUUAUCUACGUUUUCCAAAGAGAAUCUGGUUUUUUCAGUGGGUGAACUCAUCAUUGCUGGAACUGAAACUACAACCAAUGUGCUACGCUGGGCAGUUCUUUUCAUGGCUCUUUAUCCUAAUAUUCAAGGACAAGUUCAUAAAGAGAUUGAUUUAAUUAUGGGCUACAAUAGGAGGCCUUCUUGGGAAGACAAGUGUAAAAUGCCUUAUACUGAAGCAGUUUUACAUGAAGUUUUAAGAUUCUGUAAUAUAGUUCCACUGGGGAUUUUCCAUGCAACCUCUGAAGAUGCAAUUGUACGUGGUUAUUCCAUUCCUAAAGGCACAACAGUCAUUACAAAUCUUUAUUCUGUUCACUUUGAUGAAAAGUACUGGAAAGACCCAGACAUAUUCUAUCCUGAGCGAUUUCUGGACAACAGUGGAUGUUUUACUAGAAAGGAAGCUUUCAUUCCUUUUUCUCUAGGGAGAAGACAUUGUCUUGGAGAACAGCUGGCUAGGAUGGAAAUGUUCUUGUUUUUUACAGCAUUACUUCAGCAGUUUCAUUUGCAUUUUCCACAUGAGCUAGUUCCAAACCUGAAACCCAGGUUGGGCAUGACAUUGCAACCCCAGUCCUACCUCAUCUGUGCAGAAAAACGCAGAAAGUGCACAACUGUAUUAGGGGAUUACCUUGUUUAAUCAAUAAUGGUAUUUGAGCCAAAGCCACAGUUUUAUAAAGCCAAGUGAACACAGAUACAUUGUUUAAACUAGUACUAGAGCAAUAACAAGCAUUAGCUGUUAUUUUUUUCUAACUUCCAUGAACUCUUGUAGAAUGUAUUGAAUGACACAAAGAUGCAAGUGUUGUGUAGAUACUAAAAGGGGCCAUGGAUGCACUAAACAGAUUUCUUGUUUAGUGUAAGUUUCCUCUGAUGUGGCUCCAUCCUGGGGAACUUUACUUUUUGCUCCCAAACUGAUUCCUUUAUAAUCAAGUGUUGUGAUUAGCAAACUGUGAUAUCAGUCCAGGACUAAAGAAGAAAUAAAACCCACAUAAAUUAAUUUUGACUACAGAAGAAUUUUAGAUAUCAUGGUAGGCAAUGGAAAAGCUUUAUAUUUAAUAUAGACUCUUCCAGUGCUUUCAGAUAUUCCUCUCUACUAUGUAUUUAUAAGAAUUGUGACAUUUUUCCUAUAAACAAGAGUUUCUGUGAUCCCUGAGCAUCCACCCUUACAGCAGCAGUUCAGUAUAUAAGAGAUACAGUAUGCAGUUGGCUGUUUAUUCUUUCUUUGUAGGCACAGUCAUUACACUUUUCCUGGCACCACUUAUUUUUAAGACCAGUCACAGAACUUAGAUUCAAACAUCUUAUCUUACUGAGGUCUUAGUUCCAUGGGUUAGGCAGUAUUCAAAUCCAAGUCUGCUAUAGAGACAGGAUAACUUAUAAAUGGGACACUUGAGAAUGAUGAGAUGUUAUUACUAAUUAUACCAGUACAAAUGGCAUAUUAUCAUAGGCCAAAACAAACUAGAAUGUAUACUUAUUCAUUUAUAGCUAUUUUUUCAUUAUUGUUUCUUCUAAAGUCCUUCAAAGAGCUCAUGGUCUUGUAACUUGCAUUGUGAAGAGUUGUAGUCUUAGAGCAAGUAAAUAUAACAAUGGCUUGUAUGAUGAAUAUGGAUUAGGGGCCACAGAGAAGGCUCAACAGUUAAGAGCAUAUACUCUCAAAGAAGAUGUGUUUAAUUUCCAGUGUGCACAUCGGAUGACUUACAAUUUCCUGUAACUCAAGCUCCAAGGGAAUUCAAUGCUUCUGGCAUCCAUGGCUAUUCACACUCAUGGACAUACACAAUUAAAAAUAAUAAUUUUUAAAACAAGAAAGAACAUGGAUUUAACCUUAAUCUGCCACAUCUGGUAAAAAAUUUCCUAGUUUCUGUGAUUCAAAACAGGAGUUUUGUGUUAUAGAAUAUUAUUUUAAGAUGUGUAACAUUUGUUUAUGUUGUAAAAUAUUUGUUUAAUGAUGCAAAGAUGU